AUGCCAGCUCCCGUGCCCAAACCGCGCACCCUCUAUGACAAGAUCUGGGACGAUCACGUCGUCGACCAGCAAGAAGACGGCCUCGCACUCCUUUACAUCGACAGGCAUCUGGUCCAUGAAGUGACCAGCCCACAGGCCUUCGAGGGCUUGCGCGCCGCCGGUCGCCCAGUUCGUCGCACGGACUGCACUCUCGCAACUGUCGACCACAAUAUUCCCACCGUUAUCCGCAAGAACUUCUCCUCAGUCAGCACUUUCAUCGAAGAGCCCGAUUCGCGAGCGCAAUGUGUCGCUCUGGAGGAGAACGUGAAGGAGUUUGGCGUUACCUACUUUGGCAUGUCCGACCGCCGCCAGGGCAUCGUGCACAUUAUUGGGCCCGAACAGGGCUUCACCCUGCCUGGUAUCACCUGUGUCUGCGGUGACUCACAUACAUCCACCCAUGGCGCCUUUGGCUCUCUUGCAUUCGGUAUCGGCACAUCCGAGGUCGAGCACGUCCUCGCGACGCAGACCCUUCUCCAAAAGAAGGCGAAGAACAUGCGUAUCACCGUCGAAGGCACUCUUCCCGAAGGCGUGACUUCCAAGGACGUGAUCCUGCACAUCAUUGGCGUUAUCGGUACGGCCGGCGGUACGGGCGCAGUCAUCGAGUACGCGGGCUCGGUGUUCCGCGGAUUCAGUAUGGAGGCGCGUAUGAGCGUCUGCAAUAUGAGUAUCGAGGCUGGUGCUCGUGCCGGUAUGGUUGCGCCGGACGAGGUCACGUUUGAGUACCUCAAGAACCGCCCUCUGGCACCUAAGGGCGAGGCAUGGGACCGUGCGGUUUCGUACUGGAAGUCGCUCAAGACUGACGAGGGCGCCAAGUUUGACAUCGAGGUCAACAUCCGCGCCGAGGACAUCAUCCCGACCGUGACCUGGGGUACUUCUCCCCAGGACGUCGCACCCAUUACCGGUGUUGUGCCCAACCCAGCGGAGUUCGAGGACCCAGUCAAGCGCUCUUCCAUCGAGCGCUCGCUCAAGUACAUGGGCCUCACUCCCGGAACCAAGCUCGAGGACGUUACAAUCGACAAGGUCUUUAUCGGCUCGUGCACAAAUAGUCGUAUUGAGGACUUGCGUUCUGCCGCCAGGAUUGUUCUCGCCGCUGGCCCUGACGCCAAGGUUGCACCGAACGUAUACGCCAUGAUCGUCCCCGGAUCCGGUGUCAUCAAGCAACACGCCGAGGCCGAGGGUCUGGACGUCGUCUUCAAGCGGGCCGGCUUCGACUGGCGCGAGGCGGGUUGCUCGAUGUGCUUGGGCAUGAACCCUGACCAGCUUUCGCCCGGCGAACGCUGCGCCAGCACGAGCAAUCGUAACUUCGAGGGCCGCCAGGGCUCCGGUGGACGCACACAUCUCGUCAGCCCCGCCAUGGCUGCCGCUGCCGCCAUUACCGGCAAGCUCACGGACGUCCGGAAGUACCUGGGUGUUGACACGACCAAGGUUCCCAGCCUGAAGGUGCUCAAGGAGGCCGAGUUCCUCACCGACCCCGUCGAGGCCUCUCCGGAUCCUAUCGCAGUCGCAGCGGAGGACGUCAAGAACCUCCCGGAUGCCGAGACCCCUGCACCGACGGAGAAGUUCAUCGUCGUCAAGGGUAUCGCCGCGCCUCUGAACAUCGAGAAUGUCGACACGGACAUGAUCAUCCCCAAACAGUUCUUGAAGACGCUUAAGCGCACCGGUCUCGCCAACGCUCUGUUCUACACGCUCCGCAAGGACCCGCAUACGGGCGAGGCGACCGACUUCAUCCUCAACCGCGCGCCCUAUGAUAAGGCGAAGAUCCUCGUGGUCACCGGCAAGAACUUCGGCUGUGGUAGCUCGCGCGAGCACGCACCGUGGAGUUUGAAGGACUUCGGUAUCCGCACGAUCAUCGCGCCCAGCUUCGCCGACAUCUUCCGCAACAACUCGAUGCAGAACGGCAUGCUCCCCGUCGCUCUGUCCGAGGAAGAAUGCCGCGCCUUGGCCGAGGACGCCGCAGCCGGUCUCGAGCUCGAAGUCGACCUGGAGAAGGAAGAAGUCCGCAGGCCGAACGGCAAGCCGCCCAUUCCUUUCAAGAUCGACGCCUUCCGCCGCCACUGCCUGCUCAACGGUCUCGAUGAUAUCGCGCUGACGCUGCAGAAGGAGAGCUUGAUCUCGGAGUUCGAGGCCCGUCGGAGUGAGCGCUGGAGCUGGUUAGAUGGGUUUGGGUAUAAGGGCAAGAAGAUCCCGGUGUCGCCCAAAAAGACGGGGAAGAAGAUGGAGUGGUAG